UCACAUGGAUUAUCAGCGCGAGCGCUGUAACCUCACGCACGCCCGUGAAGCCGCACAUCUUUAGGACGUGUGUUGAGAUCCGCUUGUUUUUUGUUGAGAUUAGGGUGAGAAACCGUCCCGAGGGUUGAUUGUGCAUCCGGAUGCUUUGCGGAUGAGUGCCGGGAGAGCAUCGGUGCAACCCACAAGCGGCAUUUCAGCAAUGAGGAGAAGUCCUUAGAGUGGGAAUAGGAACUGCAGGAAAAGUGACAGGAAUACAGGGAUACACACACUCACACACAGCUCAGAGAAGGAGCCAUGGGCAAAUAAACGCAACAUUAUACAGGUCCAGCUGUCGCAGGUGAUUGCGGAGUGAGUGAAGAUGCCACUGGUGAAGAGGAGCAUCGAGCCGAGGCAUUUGUGCCACACGGCGUUGCCCUGUAGUAUUAAAAACGAGCUUGAGUGUGUCACGAACAUCUCUCUCGCCAACGUUAUACGUCAACUCAGCAGCCUCAGUAAAUAUGCAGAGGACUUGUUUGGGGAGCUCUUUAAUGAAGCACAUGCCUUCUCCUUUCGAGUCAACUCCUUGCAAGAGCGAGUGGACCGUCUGUCUGUCAGUGUGACCCAGCUCGACCCUAAAGAGGAGGAGUUAUCCCUGCAGGACAUCACUAUGAGGAAAGCAUUUCGCAGCUCCACCAUUCAGGACCAGCAGCUAUUUGAUCGUGAGUCUCUGCCUAUCCCCAUGCAGGAGACCUUCGACCUCUGUGAACAGCCUCCACCUCUUAACAUUCUCUCAUCCUACAGGGAUGAUGGGAAGCAGGCUCUGAAGUUCUACACUAACCCGUCCUACUUCUUCGACCUGUGGAGGGAGAAGAUGCUGCAGGACACCGAGGACAAGAGGAAGGAAAAAAGGAAGCAAAAGUCUGAACAGCUUGAGGUGCCUUAUCUAACUUUUCUGCAGGGUUUUAUGGGUAGCCCCCAUGAGCCCCUUCCUUUCAUGCCCGAGUUACAGGAUCCUCACUUGUAUGAUCAGGUCUAUAAAUAUUUAGACCUUCCAGGGCAGCUGAAGAACAUCGAUCGUCCUGCAGAACCAGAGAAGAUACCACGAGCGCCUCAUGAUCGCAAAAAGGAGUGGCAGAAACUGGCUUUAGGGGCAGAGCUGGCAGAAGACGACAUCGAGGACAAACACAAAGAGGCUAGCAAUGGCUUGGCGCCCUACCAUGACCCCAGGCAGAUGUACAUGGAUCAUUUGGACGGUUCGUUCUCUCUGGCAGCGUUGCCGUACUCUCAGAUGAGCGAGCUGCUCAACCGCCCGGGAGAGCGCAUGUACGGGAGACCUCACGAGCCUCCGCCCCCUCCACCCUCACACCCUGCAGACAUCAAGCCUCCCUCGGUCAUCAGCUCCAGUUCGGGUUACUCCGACAGUCGUCCUCAGUCUCCGGCUCGCACUCCUGUCUUCAUGAAUCCCAGUGCUCCGCCCCCUCCUCCUCCCCCACUUCCCCCGCCUCCCCCACCUCUCCCAGCCACCGCAUCAGGUUCAAGCAUGCGCAGCACGCCGCCACCCCCGAUCCCACCGCUACCUUCCCAGCAGCCCCUGGCUAUCCCUCCUGCUCCUGCACCCCUUCAGAUUGCCCCUGGUGUGUUGCACCCUGCCCCUCCUCCUGUGGCUCCACCUCUUCAUUCUUCUCCGGCAAGAAUCCAGCAGGACAAAGUCUUGCUCCCUGGCAUGGGAGACGGCGCGGUGUUACCUCCUCCUCCUCCGCCUCCUCCUCUGCCGCACCCAGGGGCACGAGGCUCCCCCCCUUGUCAGCCUCCAGGUCCGCCCCCUGUGCCUUCAUUCCCGGUUUCUCCGCCCACUCACUCGGGUCACGAUGUCAAGAGAUAUCCAUCGAACCUGCCGCCGAUCAGCGACGCCCGCAGUGUCCUAUUAGAAGCCAUUCGUAAAGGUAUCCAGCUGAGAAAGGUGGAGGAGCAAAGGGAACAGGAGGCUAAGCAUGAGCGCGUGGGCAACGACGUAGCCACUAUCUUGUCCCGGCGCAUCGCUGUGGAAUACAGCGACUCAGAAGAUGACUCCGAGUUCGACGAGGUCGACUGGAUGGAGUGAAGAUAAAAGAAGAAGCUGAAAAAAUCAAGGAUGGAAAUGAUUAAGAAAUGACCAUUUUAAGAAGAAAAAAGAAAAAUAAUAAGUGUCUUGUUUUUUUUUUUCUCUGUCCCUCUUCCACGGUUCUCCAUGUGGUAUGUUUCAGGAAACUUUGUGUCUCUUGUCUCUCUUAUUUUUUUUACUUUUUAAUCUUGAUGUUCAUCAACGUAUGUUGAUGUUCUCGAAGUUUAACAGUUCUCUUUUACAAUUAACGGAAAUACCUUUCAGCUCGUUGCAAGGACGGACCAUGAAGAGCUGGACGCUUAGUGUUGCGUGAAAGGAGCGAUGCAUCGUUAGCGUCGUAUUCAUUUCUGAAGCAAUGCUGCCACCUUCUGGUUUAUGAUUAUUAUUAUUAUUUUUUUUAACUUCAUUUAAUUUUCCAUGUAUAAACAAGACAUUUCACAUCCUAAAUAGGCCAGUAAACGCCUUCGUGCAAUGAGGGCAUGGUCCAUUUAAAAGAAAAGGAGAAAAAAAACCAUACACGGCUAUGUUCUCAUUACAAAACUUUUACAUAUCUUUGAGCAAUAUGUACUGUCAUUGUAUCAUUUUAAUAAGAACAUGUGGUUAAGAUGCUCGUUUUCUGUAAAGAUUCUUAAAAAAAACAAGAAGAAAAAAAAAAACAAGAUGGUGUUUAAAUUGUGCCGACCGGUUAAGGCAAGGUGUUCUGUUCUUAUCAGGGUUCUAGCAUUCAGAGGGCUCUACACACGGUGUGUUUAAAUAACUAAGGAAUCAGACCACUACAGUAUCAACAGUACCGCGUUUCUUGCGACAGAAACCACCUGGCCAUACAUUUCUCCUUCCUUCCUGCCUUAUGGUUUGUAUAGACGUGUUGUUAAGUUGAUGAAUGUACUGUGCCGUUACUACUUUUUUGCCUGCAUUUCUAAACAUUAGCUGUUUCUAUGUUCCAUACAGGAAAAAAAAAGAAAAAAAAAGAAGAAGAAACAAACAAACACCAACAGCAACAAAAAAAGAAAAAAAUGAACAAAAUUUUAAGGUGUAAACCUUGUAACUUAUGUAACUGUUUAAUGUAACAGUUCGCUUGAAUUAAUAAAAGCUAAUGUUAUGGUAAAGGUU